AUAAAGGGAUCCUCGUGUGAAGGUCCAAGGAAUAUUGGUCCACGCUUUGCUGAAGGACCUUGCAGGCCACCGGAUUCCCUUGCCGUGCGGAUGUCACCUGGAACCUGCCAGGACGAGGAGGAGCCUUCCGUAAAGCCCUUGUCUGCUCUGCCAGGUAACAUAAAGGGAAGCCUGCACGCGAUCCAACAACAUGGUUGCAUUGUCAUUGAAGAUCUGCGUCCGCCAUUGCAAUGUGGUCAAGACGAUGCAAUUCGAGCCCUCCACGGCGGUGUACGACGCAUGCCGUGUUAUUCGCGAGCGAGUGCCAGAGGCUCAAAUGGGGCAAGCCUCUGACUAUGGGCUAUUCCUGUCCGACGAAGAUCCACGGAAAGGCAUUUGGCUGGAAGCUGGGAGGACCCUGGAUUACUACAUGUUGCGGAAUGGGGAUAUUUUGGAAUACAAAAAGAAACAAAGACCGCAGAAGAUACGGAUGCUGGAUGGUUCGGUGAAGACGGUGAUGGUGGACGACUCGAAAACUGUUGGGGAAUUGUUGGUCACCAUUUGCAGCCGGAUAGGAAUAACCAAUUAUGAAGAAUACUCCUUAAUCCAGGAGACCACUGAAGAAAAAAAAGAGGAGGGCACAGGGACGCUGAAGAAAGAUCGAACGCUGUUACGGGAUGAGAAAAAAAUGGAGAAAUUAAAGGCAAAGUUGCAUACAGAUGAUGACUUAAACUGGUUGGAUCACAGUCGGACAUUUCGGGAGCAAGGAGUAGACGAGAACGAGACGUUGUUGCUGAGACGCAAGUUCUUCUAUUCGGACCAGAACGUAGACUCGAGAGACCCAGUUCAACUCAACCUACUGUAUGUCCAGGCCCGCGAUGACAUUCUGAAUGGUUCCCAUCCUGUCUCCUUUGAGAAGGCAUGUGAAUUUGGAGGCUUCCAAGCUCAGAUCCAAUUUGGACCUCACGUGGAGCACAAGCAUAAGCCUGGCUUUUUAGAUCUAAAAGAAUUCCUUCCCAAAGAAUACAUCAAGCAAAGAGGAGCCGAAAAGAGGAUAUUUCAGGAACACAAAAACUGCGGAGAAAUGACAGAAAUAGAAGCCAAGGUGAAGUAUGUAAAGUUGGCUCGAUCACUGAGGACCUAUGGAGUCUCCUUUUUCCUUGUUAAGGAGAAAAUGAAGGGCAAAAACAAGCUGGUCCCCCGUUUGCUGGGGAUCACCAAGGAGUCUGUGAUGCGCGUCGACGAGAAGACCAAAGAGGUCUUACAGGAGUGGCCCCUGACGACGGUGAAGCGCUGGGCGGCUUCCCCGAAAAGCUUUACUCUGGACUUUGGCGAGUAUCAAGAAAGUUACUACUCAGUACAAACCACUGAAGGCGAACAGAUCUCUCAACUUAUUGCUGGUUACAUUGAUAUCAUCCUCAAGAAGAAGCAAAGCAAGGACCGAUUUGGACUGGAAGGGGACGAGGAAUCGACGAUGUUGGAAGAAUCCGUGUCGCCUAAAAAGUCGACCAUCUUCCAGCAGCAGUUCAACCGGACGGGGAAGGUCGAGCACGGCUCCGUCGCGCUGCCGGCAGUCAUGCGUUCGGGCUCCACCGGGCCAGAGACGUUCAAUGUUGGCAGCAUGCCUUCGCCCCAGCAGCAGGUGACGGUUGGCCAAAUGCACAGGGGUCACAUGCCCCCCUUGACCUCUGCUCAGCAAGCCUUGAUGGGCACCAUCAACACCAGCAUGCACGCGGUUCAACAGGCACAGGCUGACCUCACGGAAGUCGAUAACCUCCCGCCGUUAGGAAAUGACAUGGCCUCCAGAGUUUGGGUUCAAAACAAAGUGGACGAGUCGAAGCACGAAAUACACUCUCAGGUUGACGCCAUCACCGCAGGAACGGCCUCCGUCGUGAACUUGACGGCAGGUGACCCUGUAGACACUGACUACACAGCCGUGGGAUGCGCCAUCACCACCAUCUCUUCCAACCUCACUGAGAUGUCCAAAGGGGUCAAGCUUCUGGCUGCACUGAUGGACGAUGAAGUUGGAAGUGGGGAGGACCUCCUGAAAGCCGCUCGGACCCUGGCAGGAGCGGUUUCAGACCUGCUGAAAGCUGUGGAGCCAACCUCAGGAGAGCCUCGCCAGACAGUCCUGACAGCUGCCGGAAGCAUCGGCCAAGCCAGCGGGGAACUUCUCAGGCAGAUCGGAGAGAAUGAGACGGACGAACGGUUCCAGGAUGUGCUGAUGAGUCUUGCCAAAGCUGUCGCCAACGCCGCCGCCAUGUUGGUGCUAAAGGCCAAGAACGUGGCCCAGGUGGCUGAGGACGCGGUUCUGCAGAACAGGGUGAUCGCCGCCGCUACGCAGUGUGCCCUCUCCACCUCUCAGCUAGUUGCCUGCGCAAAGGUGGUGAGCCCGACCAUCAGUUCCCCCGUGUGCCAGGAGCAGUUGAUAGAAGCCGGGAAGCUGGUGGACCGCUCCGUGGAGAACUGCGUCCGAGCGUGCCAGGCGGCCACGGACGACACGGAACUGCUCAAGCAGGUCAGCGCGGCUGCCAGCGUGGUCAGCCAGGCCCUGAAUGAUCUCCUGCAGCAUGUCCGGCAGUUUGCCAGCCGGGGGGAGCCCAUCGGGCGCUACGACCAGGCUACGGACACCAUCAUGUGUGUCACCGAGAGCAUCUUCAGUUCCAUGGGGGAUGCUGGUGAAAUGGUACGGCAGGCCAGGGUGUUAGCUCAAGCGACUUCGGAUCUUGUGAACGCCAUGAGGUCGGACGCCGAGGCGGAAAUUGACAUGGAGAAUUCCAAGAAACUUCUGGCCGCCGCAAAACUUUUGGCUGAUUCGACAGCCCGGAUGGUUGAAGCCGCAAAGGGAGCGGCAGCCAACCCAGAAAAUGAAGACCAACAGCAGAGGCUCCGGGAAGCGGCCGAAGGCCUGAGGGUGGCCACCAACGCAGCUGCUCAGAAUGCCAUCAAGAAGAAAAUCGUGAACAGAUUAGAGGUUGCAGCUAAGCAGGCAGCAGCAGCAGCCACUCAGACCAUCGCCGCCUCACAGAACGCGGCCAUCUCGAACAAAAACACGGCAGCCCACCAGCAUCUGGUCCAGAGCUGUAAGAACGUUGCUGAUCACAUCCCACAGCUAGUCCAGGGCGUGAGGGGGAGCCAAGCCCAGGCCGAAGACUUGAGCGCUCAGCUUGCUUUGAUCAAUUCUAGCCAAAACUUCCUCCAGCCGGGGAGCAAAAUGGUGGCCUCGGCCAAAGCGGCCGUGCCCACAGUGUCAGACCAGGCCGCAGCAAUGCAGUUGAGCCAGUGCGCCAAGAACCUUGCCACCAGCCUUGCCGAACUACGAACUGCCUCCCAAAAGGCGCAUGAAGCCUGCGGACCCAUGGAAAUCGACUCUGCCUUAAACACUGUCCAAACGCUCAAGAAUGAACUGCAGGACGCAAAGAUGGCGGCUCUUGAUGGGCAGCUGAAACCACUUCCAGGAGAAACGCUUGAAAAAUGCGCUCAGGACCUGGGAAGCACCUCCAAAGCUGUCGGCUCAUCCAUGGCCCAGCUGUUGACCUGCGCGGCGCAAGGCAACGAACAUUAUACAGGGGUUGCUGCAAGGGAGACAGCUCAGGCAUUGAAGACUUUGGCUCAGGCAGCCCGGGGAGUCGCAGCAUCUACCAGUGACCCCGCUGCGGCGCAUGCAAUGCUGGAUUCUGCGCGGGACGUCAUGGAAGGCUCCGCCAUGCUUAUCCAGGAAGCAAAGCAGGCCUUGGUGGCUCCUGGCGAUGCCGAAAGCCAGCAGAGGCUGGCCCAGGUGGCCAAAGCUGUCUCACAUUCACUGAACAAUUGCGUGAAUUGCCUUCCCGGCCAAAAGGACGUGGAUGUGGCGUUGAAGAGCAUUGGUGAAUCUAGCAAGAAAUUGCUUGUGGAAUCGCUGCCCCCCAGUUCAAAAUCCUUCCAAGAGGCGCAGAGCGAACUCAACCAGGCUGCAGCUGAUCUGAACCAAUCGGCGGGGGAGGUUGUCCACGCCACACGGGGCCAGAGCGGCGAGUUGGCGGCCGCCUCCGGAAAGUUCAGCGAGGAUUUUGACGAGUUCCUUGACGCCGGGAUCGAAAUGGCUGGGCAAGCUCAGACGAAGGAGGACCAGAUCCAAGUGAUAGGCAACCUCAAGAACAUCUCUAUGGCUUCCAGCAAGCUGCUUCUGGCCGCCAAGUCUCUCUCGGUGGAUCCAGGGGCUCCCAACGCCAAGAACCUCUUAGCGGCCGCGGCGAGGGCUGUGACUGAGAGUAUAAACCAACUCAUCAGCUUGUGCACUCAGCAAGCCCCUGGGCAAAAAGAGUGUGAUAAUGCUCUCCGGGAACUAGAGACAGUGAAGGAGAUGCUGGAAAAUCCCAACGAACCUGUGAGCGACCUUUCUUACUUCGACUGCAUUGAAGGGGUUAUGGAAAAUUCAAAGGUGCUUGGCGAGGCAAUGGCUGGGAUUUCUCAAAACGCCAAAACAGGUGACCUUCCCGUCUUCGGCGAGUGCGUCGGGGUGGCUUCAAAGGCCCUUUGUGGUCUGACUGAAGCAGCAGCUCAGGCCGCUUACUUGGUUGGCAUUUCGGAUCCCAACAGCCAAGCUGGUCAGCAGGGUCUCGUGGAUCCGAUCCAGUUUGCCAGGGCCAAUCAAGCGAUCCAAAUGGCGUGUCAGAAUUUGGUGGACCCAGCAAGUAGCCCGUCCCAGGUGUUAUCAGCCGCCACCAUCGUGGCAAAGCACACCUCGGCGCUCUGUAACGCCUGCCGGAUUGCGUCGUCAAAGACCGCCAACCCCGUCGCAAAGAGGCACUUUGUCCAGUCUGCCAAGGAGGUGGCAAACAGCACUGCCAACUUGGUUAAAACCAUCAAGGCCUUGGAUGGCGACUUCUCAGAAGACAACCGUAAUAAGUGCCGGAUCGCCACUGCCCCAUUGAUCGAAGCCGUGGAAAAUCUGACGGCCUUUGCAUCCAACCCUGAGUUUGUCAGCAUUCCAGCCCAGAUCAGUACUGAGGGUUCCAGGGCACAGGAGCCCAUCCUGACUUCUGCUCGGACCAUGCUGGAGAGCUCGUCUUCCUUGAUCAAAACGGCUCGCUCGCUGGCCAUCAACCCAAAGGACCCGUCGGCCUGGUCCAUUCUCGCUGGGCACUCACACACGGUGUCGGAGUCCAUUAAGAGCCUCAUCACCUCCAUCAGAGACAAAGCCCCAGGCCAGAGAGAGUGUGACUACUCCAUUGAUGGAAUCAACAGAUGUAUCAGGGAUAUUGAGCAAGCCUCCCUCGCUACAGUCAGUCAAAACCUGGCCACAAGGGAUGACAUUUCUGUUGAGGCCUUGCAGGAGCAGCUGACCUCCGUCGUGCAGGAAAUCGGGCACCUGAUCGAUCCCAUCGCUACAGCAGCUAGGGGCGAAGCCGCUCAGCUUGGGCACAAGGUGACGCAGCUCGCCAGCUACUUCGAACCAUUGGUCCUUGCCGCCGUUGGCGUGGUCUCCAAGUUGAUGAGUCACCAGCAACAAAUGAACUUGUUGGACCAGACCAAGACUCUGGCGGAAUCUGCCCUCCAGAUGCUCUACGCGGCCAAAGAAGGAGGCGGAAACCCCAAGGCUUCACAUACGCACGAUGCCAUCACAGAAGCUGCCCAGCUGAUGAAAGAAGCGGUGGACGACAUCAUGGUGACCUUGAACGAAGCUGCCAGUGAAGUGGGCAUGGUGGGGAACAUGGUGGACUCCAUAGCUGAAGCCAUGAGCAAGCUGGACGAGGGCACGCCACCGGAGCCCAAAGGGUCCUUUGUCGAUUAUCAGACCACGGUGGUCAAAUACUCAAAAGCCAUUGCGGUGACGGCCCAAGAGAUGAUGACGAAGGCCGUUACUAAUCCAGAGGAGCUGGGAGGACUCGCGUCUCAGAUGACCACAGACUAUGGGCACUUGGCUUUCCAGGGGCGGAUGGCAGGCGCCACUGCAGAACCAGAGGAGAUAGGCUUCCAGAUCAGAACGCGGGUUCAGGAGCUUGGCCACAGCUGCAUCUUCCUGGUCCAGAAGGCCGGUGCCCUGCAGAUCUGUCCCACAGAUAGCUACACCAAGAGGGAGCUGAUAGAAUGCGCUCGGGCAGUCAGCGAAAAGGUGUCUUUAGUUUUGUCAGCCCUGCAGGCAGGGAACAAAGGCACCCAGGCCUGCAUCACUGCCGCCAGCGCCGUGUCUGGCAUCAUCGCCGACCUGGACACCACCAUCAUGUUCGCCACAGCCGGGACGCUGAACGCCGAGAACAACGAGUCCUUUGCCGACCACAGGGAAAACAUUUUGAAGACUGCAAAAGCUUUGGUGGAAGAUACAAAGCUGUUGGUCUCCGGGGCGGCCUCAAGCCAGGAGAAGCUCGCUCAAGCCGCCCAAUCGUCGGCCAGCACCAUCACUCAGCUGGCAGAGGUGGUGAAACUGGGGGCGGCCAGCCUGGGUUCAGAUGACCCAGAAACACAGGUGGUGCUGAUCAAUGCUAUUAAGGACGUCGCGAAGGCCUUGUCCGACCUCAUCGGCGCGACCAAAGGAGCCGCUAGCAAGCCGGCAGAUGAUCCGUCCAUGUACCAGCUGAAGGGGGCUGCCAAGGUGAUGGUCACAAACGUCACGUCGCUUCUGAAGACGGUGAAAGCUGUCGAAGAUGAAGCUACGCGAGGAACAAGAGCUCUUGAGGCUACAAUUGAGUACAUCAAGCAGGAGCUCACGGUGUUCCAGUCGAAGGAGGUUCCCGAAAAGUCCUCCUCGCCCGAAGAAUCGAUCCGGAUGACGAAAGGCAUCACCAUGGCGACGGCCAAAGCUGUAGCAGCUGGGAACUCGUGCCGGCAAGAGGAUGUGAUUGCGACGGCAAACCUCAGCCGCAAAGCCGUGGCUGACAUGCUGGCAGCGUGCAAGCAAGCUUCGUACCACCAUGACGUCAGCGAAGACAUCCGGGCGAGAGCGCUGCGCUACGGGACAGAGUGCACCCUGGGAUACCUCGAGCUCCUGGAACAUGUUCUCACGAUUCUCCAGAAGCCCACCCCAGAGCUGAAGCACCAGUUGGCUGCCUUGUCAAAGAGGGUAGCAAGUGCUGUCACGGAGCUCAUACAGUCAGCUGAAGCCAUGAAAGGCACUGAAUGGGUUGAUCCGGAAGACCCCACGGUCAUUGCUGAGACGGAAUUACUCGGAGCUGCUGCUUCGAUCGAAGCUGCAGCAAAGAAGUUGGAGCAGCUGAAACCAAGAGCCAAGCCUAAGCAGGCGGAUGAGACUCUGGAUUUUGAAGAACAGAUCCUUGAAGCAGCAAAGUCCAUUGCAGCCGCUACCAGUGCCCUUGUCAAGUCGGCGUCUGCCGCUCAAAGAGAGCUGGUUGCCCAGGGAAAGGUUGGAGCCAUCCCGGCCAAUGCAGCUGAUGAUGGUCAAUGGUCUCAGGGACUUAUUUCUGCCGCCAGGAUGGUGGCUGCUGCAACCAGCAACCUCUGUGAAGCGGCCAACGCUUCGGUCCAAGGUCACGCCAGCGAGGAGAAGCUGAUCUCUUCGGCGAAGCAAGUGGCAGCUUCCACAGCUCAGUUGCUGGUGGCUUGCAAAGUGAAGGCCGAUCAGGACUCGGAGGCCAUGAGGAGGCUGCAGGCCGCCGGCAACGCCGUCAAGCGUGCGUCGGAUAACCUGGUCCGGGCGGCCCAAAAGGCGGCAUUUGGUAAAGCGGAUGACGACGACGUGGUGGUGAAGACCAAGUUUGUGGGAGGCAUUGCGCAGAUCAUCGCAGCUCAGGAAGAGAUGCUGAAGAAGGAACGGGAGCUGGAAGAGGCAAGGAAGAAGCUGGCCCAGAUCCGCCAGCAACAGUACAAAUUUCUCCCGACCGAACUGCGGGAAGAUGAAGGCUAAGCGUCUUCUGCUGUCUUUCUUUGAGAGCAACUGAGCUGAAGGGGCACGCUUCAGAGAGAAACUCUGACCAGCACUUACCAAAAUAGGUUUGGGGGGCGAGAGAGGCACCGCAGGUGGGCUGUUCUUUCUCAACUCUUCCCCUACGGAGUUGUGGUCAACCAACUGAUGGUACAGUGUCAAGGUCUAUCCUCCCCUGCCCUUAUUUACUGUAUCUCAGGAGAGAGAGGGCCUCACUUUUUCUUUUUCUUUUU